GCAAGACUCAGUCCAUAAUCCGCUUUGCAUGCCUGGGCGAUCCCAAAUCAGCAGACACACUGCUGCGGGAUACGUUGGGUGCAACGGGCGCAUGGCACAGCCAACGGGAGUGAUUUGUUAUUACGUAACCCUUCGAUCUUGAUCGGGGGCUUGCGAGCCUUCCGAUUGCUGCUCGCAAAAUCACAUGCGUCCAUGUUGCGUCAUCGCCCCCGUUGUAGCAAUCUUGAUGUACUUAUGCCCCGCAUUGCGCAAGGGCGCCAGAGUAUUUGUUUUGUUCGUCCCCCAUGUGUGAGCACGGCCGCGUGUGUGUGCGGCCUGCUGGCAGUUGGGCGCCGCAGUUUCUGGCGCGGCGUUGUGCACAGGUCGGCUUGGAGGACCGGAUAUACGCCAACACGUAUGUCGACCUCGGCGUGGCCGAGGUGGUCGGCUUCGACUACGACUACACCCUCGUGAGGUACAAGCAUACGAUGCUCGACCUUAUCUACAACGUCUCCUGUGCGCUGCUGAUGUCGAAGUUCGGCUACCCGGAGGAGAUGGCGGCCGAGCUCACGCGCAGGGGGUACGACCCCCAGUUCGCCAUCCGCGGGGUUGCAGUGGAUCUUGAGACUGCUUGGGUCUGUUGCCUCACUGCCCGUUACCGGGUCUCUGUUGCCUACUACGGCAGGCAGCGUGUUAGCGAGGACCAAGUGCGCUUGAGCUACAAAAGCCGAAUGGGAGCAGGACGGGUCGGCCAGGAGGAGAGACGGGCGCGGCUGAAACCACUUAACGAUUGGUUCGGCAAGGUGGAGGCCUGCCUGCUGGCCGACGUGGUGCAGUGGUUGAAGGACCGAGACAUACCGUUCGAGCCGAAGAGCGUUCUGAGCGACGUUAUCGACGCGGUUGUCAGUGCGCAUGUCUCGAAGGCCAUCCACAGACAGGUGGAGAAGAACUGGUCGCAUUACGCCGAGCCGGGCGAGCUGCGCCCCCUGCUCGAGAAGCUGGAGGCGGCCGGCAAGAAGCUGAUGCUGGUCUCCAAUUCGCCCUAUUGGUACGUCAAUUCUGGCAUGUCUCACGCCGUGGGAGAUGAUUGGAAGAAAUUGUUCGAUGUUGUCGUCGUUGACGCCGGGAAGCCUAAGUUUUACACCGACGACCGCCCGUUCAGAGAGGUAUCCCAGAACACUGGGCGCAAAAAGUUCAAGAAGAUCACCUCUAUCGACCGCGAUGAGGUGUAUUGCGAGGGCUGCAUCGGGGAGCUGAUGCGGCUUACCGGCUGGGGCACCACCCUGGAGGACGGCUACGUGGACGGCUCCAAGAUCAUCUACCUGGGCGACUCAUUGUUCGCCGAUCUCGUCGAAGCUCGGCGGCUGUUCGGCUGGACCACUGGGGCGAUCAUCCCCGAGGUAGCAGAGGAGGCCAACGCCCAGUCGACGAGCGACAUGCAGCUCGCCUGGCACAGCCUGCAGCUGAUCUUGCACUGCCUGCGAGGCUGCCAGGAGCCCCGCCGCCUGGGCCCCUGA